AUGUACAAUACUCCGAAAUUUCAAAAUCUUCAACGCAGAAAAAAAGAGGCAGAAAUUCGUUUGGCAUUGUUUAUCACAGAACAUAAUAUAUCCCUCAGAACUUCAGAUCACCUGGUUCAACUAGUGAAAACCUUAGCACCGGAGUCAGAAGUUCUGAAGAACGUUUCCUGCAACCGAACAAAAGCAACUUCCAUAGUGAAAAAUGUAGUGGGAAAGCAUGCAUUUGAAAUUCUUGUGGAUAAAAUGAAGAAACAAUAUUUUUCAAUCAUUAUUGAUGAAUCCACUGAUAAAUCAUCUAUAAAACAUUUAGCGAUCAUAGUGCGUAUGGUUGAUAACGAUCGGUUUGUUGUGAAGGAUGAAUUUGCUUGCCUUCAAGAAAUUUCAAACGCGACUGCUAAUAGUGUAUUUGAGGAGAUUAUGAAUUUUUUCAAAAAUAACAACAUUCCUUACCAGGACAAUCUUAUUGGAUUUGCUUCAGAUGGUGCUGCUUCAAUGUUUGGAAUAAACCAUUCUGUCAAAACAUUGUUAGAAAAUGAAGUCAACGGUAUAUUUGUUAUGAAAUGCGUUUGCCAUUCGUUGGCAUUGUGUGCUUCUUGCGCUGCUGAAAAAAUACCUAAUUACGUUGAAGACUUGGUAAGGGAAGUAUAUGUGUAUAUGAAAUAUAGUUUCAAACGACAAACGGAGUUCAGCGAAUUUCAAAAAUUUGUAGAAACAAAACCUCAUAAACUGCUUCAUCCAAGCCAAACUAGAUGGCUGUCACUGCAUUCUAGUGUAAAAAGAACUAUAGAACAAUACCAAGCAUUAAAGUUGUACUUUCAAGGUCAGUAUUUAAUUGAUAAAAAAGCCGAACAAAUUUUUUCCAAUCAUCAAAUGUACAAGCGUUUCCCCUUUAAUUCAGAUCAUAUGAAACUUCUAAAAUCAAUGUCAGUUUUAGACCCAAAGAAUAUAAAGAACACAAUCAGUGUUGCUCCUAUUGUAGCUAAUUUCCCCAAACUAAAUAUCAACAUAAAUGAUAUCGAUAGAGAGUGGAGAAUGCUCAGGAAUCAUGAUUUAAACUUCAACUUAGAGUUAAUGGACUUUUGGAAAACGGUUAAAGAUUUAAAAAAUGGUGAUAAUUUAGAAGCAUUUUCCUCAUUGACUAGUUUUGUAUCUUACAUACUAACUUUACCUCACAGUAGUGCAUCCGUUGAACGUUUAUUUAGCUCCAUAAACUUAAAUAAGACAAAAAUUCGCAAUCGUAUUUCUACAGAAACAAUGUCAGGCAUACUGCAUUCAAAAAAUUUACUAAGCAUCCAAGCCCAGCAUUGUUAUGAAUUUAAUAUUUCAUCUGAUAUGGUUCACAAGCAUUCCUAUAAGAUGUACAAGUAA